AUGACUAUCGCCCACAAUCUCCCAAACCCAUCGCUCCAAACCAACCCGGAACACACCCUCGAGCUCAAGGAGCAGCCGAUCGAGCUGCCAGGCCCCGACGAGGUGCUGCUACGCAUCCGUGCCACGGGAAUCUGCGGGUCUGACGUCCACUACUGGAAACACGGCCAGAUCGGCGAGCUCAAGGUCCGCGGAAACUGCAUUCUCGGCCACGAGGCUGCCGGCGAGGUGAUCGAGCUGGGCUCAGACGUGAAAAAUUUCGAGAUCGGCGACCGCGUCGCCAUUGAGCCCCAGGAUGCCUGCGGAAAGUGUUUCCUGUGUAUCCAGGGAGACUACAACCUGUGCCAGGAGGUGGACUUUCUGUCUGUGUACCCCUGCCACGGCACCAUCCAGAGAUACCGGGUGAUCAAGGCCAAGAACCUGUUCAAGCUGCCGGACAACAUGACGUACGAGGAAGGCGCUCUGUGCGAGCCGCUCAGCGUGGCCUACCACGGAAUCGAGCGCGCCCAGCUCGAGCUGGGCCGCGGGGCCAUGAUCUGCGGCGCCGGCCCAAUUGGCCUGGCCACUCUGGCGCUGGCCAACGCGAGCGGAGCAGCUCCCCUGGUCAUUUCCGAUCUUUCUGCCGACAGACUGGCGUUUGCGAAGAAGCUUGUUCCACGAGUCCAGACGUACCAGAUCGACCUUAAAAAGUCUGCUGAAGAGAACGCGGCUGGUAUCAGAAAGCUGUUUGGUCCAAGAGAGGAAGACGCUCCGCCAAAGGUGCUGGAGUGCACGGGCACGGAAAACAGUAUCAUCACAGGAGCCUACGUUGUGAGACGGAGCGGCACGCUGAUGGUGAUUGGCGUGGGCAGAGACAUCAUCAACAACUUCCCGUUCAUGCACCUGUCUUUUGGCGAGGUGGACGUCAAGUUCAUCAACAGGUACCACCAGUCGUGGCCAGCUGUGAUCCGGCUGAUCAGCGACGGCAUUGUGGACGUCAAGAGCUUUGUGAGCCACCGGUUCCCGCUGGAGAAGGCCGUGGAGGCGAUCACUCUGUCAAGCGACCCAGCGCAGAGCAGUAUCAAGGUGAUUAUUGAGGAUAAGUAA